GCGCUUGCAGGCCUGGCUGGCUUCGCAGCCUGUGCUGCCCGGCUUGUCGCGCCCCGCAUUCUAGCAGCGCGAUGGCGGUCCUCCCCGCAAAUCCUUCCAGGGGCACCAUAGAAGCGGUGCUCGCCCUCUCCACGGUCAUGCAUGCCGCCGCCCAGGCUGCUCAGCCCAAGCCGUCAUCGUCCGAGGCUGACGCGCGCACGAGUGGCUCCUCCGCGGCCGCGGCGUUCGCUCGGCUGCGAGGUGGCGAGCUGGGCGGUUCACUCGCGCCGCACACGCCUGUGCCGGCCGCGGCGGCGGCGGCGGCGGCCCCGGUCGAGGUCGCGGGCGCCGCGCCGCGCCACCUUCUUGUGAGACAUGACAAGGCGCGGCGGAUCGUGACGAUUGAAGUGAGCGAGACUGCAGUGAUGGCCUUCUACAUGUCGGGCUGCGCCUUCAUCAUCGGCGGCGUCGCGUUUGGUUGCGCGCUUUGGCAGCGCACGCGGGGGGGCGCCCCAAAGCAGGAGCCGUGCGAAUGCCACUGGUGCCAAGGGCGCAUCAAGGAGAGGCGCUCCCUCGGCAAGGGCGGCUUCGGCGAGGCCUCCCUGGCGCUGCGCCACGGCAAGACCAUCGUCCUCAAGAAGAUCGGCUGCGCCUCUGUCAACGACGCGAACCAGGCGCUGCUGGAGGCGUCUUGCCUGCAGCGCCUCUCCCACCCAGGCGUCGUCCGCUUCGAGGACGUCUUUCUCCACCGGCACGAGGCGCUCCUCGCCGAGGUCAACAACGGCCGCCUCGCGAUGAUCGGCCUCUUCGGACUCCUCUCCGCCUCGAAGGGCCUCAUCGUCCCGGGGCUCGACGGCCUCGGCCUCACGCAGUACGGCGGCGAGUACAUGGCCCCCUUCUCCGACUUCGACGCGGCGCUGCCCUACGUCGCGGAGAUGCCAAAGACGCUCGCGGAGCUCCUCAAGUGA